CACAAAAGCUUAUUUACUGCAGCUUGAUAAUAAUUCAAGCUGGCCUGGAAGCUCAAAGUUCAAUAUACAAUUAUCCGGUUGCACAUUCGAAAGUUUUCCAUCCGAGCAAAUCGUAUAUUAACGAUUUUUUGAAGAAGACGCUGUAUUAACGAGGAAUAUUAAUCACGUGGAAGAGACAUCGAAGUGCGAGAGGUAAAAACAAAGUAAAAUCCACGCGAAUCUAAUCGAAUUCCGCGCCGACCGUCAUCUCCCGGGUGAUUGAACAUCACGUGACUCGAGAUUAGCCGAACGAAGCGACGAAGGUACCGAGGUUAUAAAUAGCGGUUACCAGGGAGUGGGGAGUCUCUUUUACUUUCUACACUGUACCAUAGUGCAUUUGCUCCGCGUUCGUCUGACUAUCACAUUCUAUACUGUGGUGGUGUGGAGUUCGCUCGUGCGAAACCAAAGUAGGGUAUAGAGAUCGGACUACACUUCCUCGCUUUCUUUAACUAUUAGCGACGUCAGACGGACGGAACGUGUCAACGAAGUCACAACACGUGGCCAAAGUAUUUGAGCACAAACAAAGAAACCAAAGCCUCUACCCACGAUCACGAAAAGAAGAAAAAUGCCGGAGACCGCUCACCACAUGAACGGAUACGCUAACGGGCACACGCCGCCCGAGCUACAACAAGACACCAGUUUUCUUUUCACUUCAGAGUCGGUUGGCGAAGGCCAUCCAGAUAAAAUGUGUGAUCAAAUAAGUGAUGCUAUUUUAGAUGCACAUUUAAAACAGGAUCCUGAUGCAAAAGUGGCUUGUGAGACUGUGACAAAAACAGGAAUGAUUUUGUUAUGUGGAGAAAUUACAUCAAAAGCUGUGGUAGAUUAUCAAAAAAUAGUUCGGGAUACAGUUAAGCAUAUUGGAUAUGAUGAUUCUUCAAAAGGAUUCGAUUGGCGUACGUUGAACCUUUUGGUGGCGAUCGAACAACAAUCUCCAAAUAUCGCUGAUGGUGUUCAUGUGGACAGGGAAGAGAAGGACGUGGGUGCAGGUGAUCAGGGUCUAAUGUUUGGAUAUGCAACAGAUGAAACUGAUGAAUGUAUGCCAUUAACUGUUGUGCUGGCACACAAGUUAAACCAGAAAAUUGCAGAGUUAAGGCGAAGUGGUGAAUUGUGGUGGGCAAGGCCAGAUUCAAAAACACAGGUCACUUGCGAAUAUGUAAUGGAUCAUGGUGCCUGUGUACCUAUAAGAGUUCACACAGUAGUGGUGUCAUUACAACACAGUGAGAAGAUUGGUUUGGAAGAACUACGUAAAGCAGUUAUGGAAAAGGUUAUCAAAGAAGUAAUUCCAGCAAGGUAUCUAGAUGAUAGAACAAUCUUCCAUGUUAAUCCUUGUGGAUUGUUUAUUAUUGGUGGUCCACAGAGUGAUGCUGGUCUUACUGGUCGCAAAAUAAUAGUUGACACAUAUGGUGGCUGGGGAGCCCAUGGUGGUGGUGCAUUUUCUGGUAAAGACUUUACAAAAGUUGAUAGAUCUGCUGCUUAUGCAGCAAGAUGGGUUGCUAAAUCUUUAGUGAAAGCUGGUCUUUGCAGACGAUGCCUUGUACAGGUUUCUUAUGCUAUUGGAGUAGCAGAACCUCUUUCAAUCACAGUUUUUGACUACGGUACCUCCAAAUUAUCUCAAAAUGAACUUUUAGAUAUAGUUAAUAAAAAUUUCGAUUUACGACCUGGGAAAAUCGUUAAAGAAUUGAAUCUUCGUAACCCCAUUUAUCAACAAACUAGUACGUAUGGACACUUUGGCCGAGAAGGAUUUACUUGGGAACAACCAAAAACUCUAAUUCUCGAUUGAUGAGAACGUAAAUUCUAAAUCAGUUUGACGUUUCCUAUUGCAAAACGUCUAUCAAGUCGUUCUCAAUACUCGUAUAUCUCGUAAACAUUUUCCGAGAUUUUCCGACCUCCGCGCUACUUCGCCAAGUCCAUCAAUUCCUUUUGCCAAUUUAGUACUAGCAGGAAGAAUGACAUUAGAUUUUUCCACAUCAUAAGGUACUUGGUAUUAUGUGAUAUAGUACAAAUUUUAUUGAUCCAGCAUGCAGGCAAGAGCAGUCAUUUUUCCUUCACUAUUUAAAAACUGAAUUGAAAUUUAUCAGUCAUUAGGUAUAAUCGAAACUAUCGACAAAGGGAAAUGUGAACUAAGCCUGUUAUGAGUUUGUUACCUACGCGUGUAUUCAUAACAGUCACGUAAGGUAGUUUAUUUACCAGUGAUGCAACUCAUUACUAUGGCUUGUAAGUAGUGUGUGUUGGAAGUACAAAAAA